CUUCUGCUCUCCCUCCCUUCUCAAGGCUUCCUCCUGCAGUCCAGCUCACCAGGACCAGGAGGAACAAAGAAGUUGCAUCGAACACAGCUGAGUUCCUCCCUCUUCCCUGAAAUGCGCCCGGCAGCUAGAAAGGAGCAGCUAGCGGGCGGGCUGCCCAUACGUCGUUGAGCACCGCGGAGACGGCCGGGAGCAGGGGGGGCGGGAGGGAUAGUGGCGGCCUCUGCUGCUGCUGGUCGAGGCUUCGAUUCCGGGCGGGGGCUGGUGGUCUCGAGAAUCCCGGAGGGAAGGGAGCGAGCGCAAAGAUAGAUACCUAAGCGGGCCGCUUCCGCUGCACAGCCACAGGCAUGGGGUGCGGGGCGUCGAGCCACAAGGACGCCGGGGCGCGCCGGAGACGGCCUGGGAGCGUCGGCGACGUGGUCGUUUUCCUCCCGGGCCUCCGGGUGCCGAGGGCCGUCGACUUCGCCCAGGCGCUCGGCGGCUGCCUGGCCAGGGCUAUAGUCGAGCGGCUGUCGGCUCUGAGGUCGCGGGUCGUCGAGAUGGCAAUGCAAGAAUCGGCGGCGGCGCUCAAGCCCAGGCGGAAGGCGGCUGCACGGCACGGGUCUAGUACAGCCAAUCUUCUACAGGCCCUCGAAGACUACUUGCCAGUUCUGCUGGGACUAGCACAACAAGGUAGCGUCUUGAGACACAAAGUGCAGUUCACCUGGAGUAACCAAGAGGAUAAUGCUGAGGAGACAGCCAUUUCAGAUGUCUGGUACGAGGUGCUGUCCGUGCUGCACUUGAUGGCCAUGGUCUGCUUGCUGCAGGCCAACACCCUGCUUCUCCCAAGGUCAUACGGCGAUGGCUACGCCCCAAGAGUUUCUGAAGAGAGUAGACGGGCCACUGUUGAUGUCUUCUUGAAGGCAGCUGGAUACCUAGACUGCGCAAUUCGUCAUGUACUUCCGAAGAUGCCACUGGAACUAAGGAGACAACUUCCAGUCGACCUGGCUGAAGGAAAUCUCAAAGCUCUAAGCCUGCAAGCCUUGGGUCAGGGGGUUGACAUGCAGCUCGGCUUGGCUAUUGAUAGUCCAAAGGCCACUUUAGCAGUCAAAAGGCGCUUAGCCUGUGAGAUGGUCAAAUAUUGGCAACAAGUUCAAGAGAGCAUUCCAGAGCUUCCAGUCUCUGAUGGAUGGGGAAAAAAGCACCGGCUAUUUGUAAAGUGGAAGUAUGUUGAAGCCAAGGCUGCAGCAUACUAUUUCCACGGUUUGAUUCUUGACGAGGGAAAUACCGAGAAAUCCCAUGGAAUGGCAAUAGCUGCACUACAAGCUUCAGAAGAAUUUCUGAAAGAAAGCAAAAUGGUUUCGGAAGCCUUCCAUGCAACUCCUCCAACAUCGAGGAGUCCGAAUGCAUUCGGAACAGCAAAAUAUCUGUUUGACAAGAUCCCAAGAGAUGCUUCCAGCAAGGUCCGAAUCAAACAGGACCUGUAUACUCAAGAAAAGGUCAUUGGAGCACCACCCCCAUUACCAGAUUUUGCAUUGGCGCUAACACCUGAAGAUUAUGAUCUUCCUCCACUAGAUCCACUUUGGAACAAAGAAGAUACACACCAUUAAGUGUCUAUACAGCAGAUUGGUUGCUUCUGGCAAAAAAUUGGCUCUGGAGAGAAAGGAGGACCAAGAUCUACCAUGUCAAAGGUCGAACAUGGUAACAAAUGAAGUGUACAAAAUAUUUUCAAACAAAAUUACAUGUCAACAAAAUUAAGCAAGGCUUGAAGAUAAUCUGAAGAGCUCUGUACAGGCAAUUUUCUUCUGACAAGGGAAAUGAUAUGUCAAAGGGUUCAUUGAUCAUUGUCGAUCCUGAUUCCUGAUGCUUUUAUUUUUUCAACAACAGAUUUUCAGCAUUCGAAAUGGAACUGGAAUCAGCCUCUGAUCGAAGUGGAAACCUUUUUUUAGUCGUAAACAUUUACAUUGGCACCUUAAAAUAUACUCUGGAAC